GUUCUUGAAGAAGAGAGAAGAGGAAGCAGUUCCGCCCUCUGAAGUAACAGCAGACCGUGGACAAGCUGGAAAGACCGAGGACACAACAGAAGUGAGUCCGCCUCAAACUUUUCGUGAGCGGGAGCUUUUGUGUCACGUGUGUCGCUGAGUGGAAACUUCUGGAAGCAAAUUUCCCGCAUGUGAAGAAGCAGAAGCAGAGAACGCAGCUCUCGCCGCUCCGCUCGUCGCUCCGCUCGCCGCGCCGCUCGCCUCGCCGCUCGCCUCCCUGACCGCGGACUCGGCGUCGGCUCGUCCACACACUUGGGCCCAGUUUGAAGACAGUAUGAGCGGAGACGAGGAGAGGUUCAAACUGGUGGUGGUCGGAGGAGGAGGGGUGGGCAAGAGCGCCCUCACCAUUCAGUUCAUUCAGUCCUACUUUGUGUCAGAUUACGACCCCACCAUCGAAGACUCCUACACCAAGAUCUGCACUGUGGAUGGAAAAGAGACCCGGAUGGACAUCUUGGAUACAGCAGGUCAGGAGGAAUUUGGAGCAAUGAGGGAGCAGUACAUGCGCUCAGGAGAAGGUUUCCUCCUGGUGUUUGCACUUAACGACAGGGGAAGCUUCCACGAGGUUCAGAAAUUCCACACCCAGAUCUUGCGAGUGAAGGACCGCGACGACUUCCCCAUGGUGCUGGUCGGAAACAAGGCUGACCUGGAACAGCAGAGAGUGAUCUCCAGGGACGACGCUCAGGCGUUUGCCAGAGAAAACAGGAUCCACUACAUGGAGGCGUCGGCUAAAAAUCGCUACAAUGUGGACGAAACCUUUUUAGAGUUGGUGCAAAUUAUCAGGAUGUUUCAGGAGAUGGAGUGUCCUCCUCCCACAGCUCAUCAUACAGGGAAACAGAAGAGUGGAGGAUGUCCCUGCGUCCUCCUCUAAGCAGUUCCACCGUGGACCUCAUCCCUCUGCAGCUUUACAGAUAGGGGUGUGUAUGAGAGAAGGACGGAGAUCAGGUGCAUGAUUAGCACCACAACCACAAGAUUUAACAAGUGUAUUUAGUUUUUCAAUGAGAGGAUCAAAGACUGGGGGGCUGACUUCCUGCAGCGUGUGACACACAGGAAGUCGGAGAAGGAUUUUUACUGUACACGCCCUCGAGGGAUGUAACAAUAUCAGUUUCACCUGUGACAGUGAAACCUCUGCGUCCUGAAACUGGAGCAAAUUUAAGGGAAGUGAGAACUGCACAAAUCCUCGUCCCAUUCAUCGUUUGCACUCUCACACACACACACACACACACACACACACACACACACCAGACACAGGAGCAGUGGGCAGCACUUAUCUGCACCCAGGACACAGUAGGGGAUUGGGUGCCUUACCCCUGGCCCGUCCUGGGAUUUGAACCUGCGACCCUCUGGUUACAAGCCCAAUUUUCACAUCCAUUACAGUGAAAAUGACAGAUGCCAGUAUUAGUGAGUGAAGUAUGGAUGUCGAGAGAGACGAACAGCUUUUCUCUACAACUCUGUGUUUCUAUUCAAAGUAACAGACGGUUCCAUUUUAAUGACAUCAUCGAGGAGUGGAAGGAAAUAUUUGUAUUUUUCAUUUUUUAACUUCACGACAAACAACAUUUGCCGCUGAAGAACAGACAGAACCAAACAAACAUUCCCAUGAUCCCUCACUUCUUCCUGAAAUCAUCAAACUAGGUCUUUUUUUGUUGUGUGUGUGGUGACCGACACAACAGUCCACAGUAGUGAAACCUUAUAUAUACAUUUUUUAUGGAGUCAUUCUGAUCUUUAGUGAAAUGAACAUAAUAUUUUCCGUAGUCAUGUUGCUGCAGGUGUCGAUAUAUUUACUUCUUGUUUGUGCAAAAUAAAAUAAGCCUGUUCUGUUUUAGUCAUCUCUGGGAUCUUUGUUUUACAAGCCUGCGUCCACAAAACUAUAUUUUAAAUAAAGUGUGGAUUUACCACUGUAAGAUUCUGAUAUUGUUACAUCACCAGAGCCCACAAAGAUUAUAUCUAGUAAAAAAAAGAUCUUCUUGGUUUGAGAGGAUAUUAUAUCCUGCAGGUAGUGAUGUCACCACACCUUUUAUUUUCAAUAAGUUAUUAGGGUUUUGUGGUACAAUGAGAGCGAGCAGAACCUCUGUCAUACUCCCUACAUACCUGCAGAGGGCAGCAAAGCUCAGAGGCUUCUCAUCUGAGCUCCUCCCCACUCUGUCACAGUGAAUCACAGCUGGAUGAAGGCGGUCCUCGCCGCGGUCACUCCCACAUGAACCAUCUUUUCAUUCUUAACUCUGACUCUGUUCAUGAGCUGCUUGGGUUUUUACAAGUGUCUGUAAAUAUAGAAUAUUUUGUCUACUGUUGUACGCCAAAGAAGUAUACAUGUAAUACUUAUAUAUAUACAUGUAAUACUUAGUACACUGUCACUUUUAAGCUGUUAACAUCUGUAUAUUUUUUUUUAUUUUUUUUUCAAAGUUGUUAGCAAGCAUCAGUCCGUACUGAAGUCACUUUGAACUCCACACCCGGUCUGCUUCUUCAUCUUACACCACAGACACUUGAUUUCACAUGAUGUGUCAGUGCCUCAUACACACACACACACACAUUCAUCACUGAUGACACAUGACGAUGUGUCAGUGCCUCAUACACACACACACACACACGUUCAUUUUAUAACAUUAUUGUCACGUGACUCGGCGUGUAUGAACCACCAUGUUAGCAGCCUAAGAUGCAGCAAAAAAUGAAUGGGACCAGUGCUGAAUUUGCACUUAGCAUAACAUAAGGUAGCAUAACAUUAGCAUUAGCAUUAGCAAGGGGCAGUGUAAUGUAAAUGAUUGCUGUGCAGACGAGCUACAUCAUUUACCUCAAGUUAACCAUGAAAUCUGUUGCCUUGUUUUCUUUGUUGACAUUUGUGAGUCUUUGCUUAAAGACGUGACAUUUUAACAGGUACGUGAUCAGUUGUAGCCGCUAACUGACCUGAUGAGACUUGCUUACGCAGUAAUGGUCGCAGAAGUUCAGAGGUCACAGAGGUGUUGGUAAUAAGUGGCCUAAUACCUUUUAUGGUGGACCAAAAAAUUGGUUUUAAUUUGGGUGAUAGUGAGUUCUGAUUAUCCAAUAGUGUGUGUGAUUGGGAUUUUCUACAUUUAAUAUGCACAAAUAUCAUUUUAAAAACCUCUAAGCAGAGGUGCCCCCAUGUGAUCUCUGGUGCCCGCCUGUGGGGGCUUGGGCCCCAGGUUGAGGCAUGAGUCUAACAUAUAUAUAUAUAUAUACUGUAUAUGCCUGUAGAGGUGAACAGCGUCCUUUCCUGUCAGAUGUCGUUACCAUGGUUGCGUGACGUCAUAUCAAAGCUCUUUUAAUACAUUUCGUACAUGUAGCACCUUUUAGGUCGGGGCUUUGGAAUGAAUGAUGUAUUAGCAUCUCCUCACUAAGGCAGCAGAACACAGUGUGUGUGUGUGUGUGUGUGUUAGCAGGGUUACUACUGAAACAAUGUCCAUGAACUUUGUAGAGGGGUGGAGUAUGAUUGAGUUUGGGGGAGGGGUUAAGUGCUGGCAGUGGUGUGUGAUAUUGUGUAAUACUUAGUUUAGUUCUCUUUAUAUCCAAAUAUCUUUCAACGUAACACCAUUGAUGUGCUGCAUACAGUUUGUUCUGUAACAUGUUAACAUGAAUAAAACAUUUAUCUGAA